GUAUUCUAUUCACGUCUAAUAAGGUCUAGUGUCUCCCUUGCCUCCCUGUUAACUACCUAAUUAAACCCGAACUGCAACCAACAUCUUCAAUGGAACACCACCCACUCAAAAUCAUCAAUCAGCAGUCCAGUCUCACAACAGCUGAAUCUCUAUCAUCAAGAUGCCAGUUCCUUCGUUCCUGAUAUUGGGAGAGGGCGACUUACUGGAGCCUGACCGAAUCCCCAGUCUCCUGGGACAACUAUGCACCAACCCAGACCAGCCACUCGGCGAUUUCGCCAUUGAAGAUCCCACGGUCUUCUAUGAGGAGCCACCCUCGGUUAUUUCGCUGGCAAACUCAAAAGCCGUUGCAGAAGGCAUCGCCGAUAGCAAGGCUCGAGCCCGCCUGGGAAGAGUGUUCGAUGGCCUGCUCCAAGAGGGUGUUAAGAAGGGCAUCACCAUCUCGGCUCAAUCCAUCCGGACGUUCAAGCUCCUACAGCAGGAGGAAGUACUGGCCAAGAUGUGGGCAGACGACGAAACACGGAGAAGAAUCAAGCGCGUGAUGGGCUGGUGGAAUCCUCGCAAGCUCUACAUGAUUGUCGGCUUCAAGAGUUGUAUAAACGCUGACAUUGGCUACCUCGAACAACACACGCUAAAAGGCAGGCUCAGUGUUUCCAUCAGAGAAGCACUGGAGCUUCUGGCUGCCGCAGGUGUGCCUGUACCACCCUGGCUCGACGCCUUGAUCGAUAUUGGAGUGGACACAUCGACAUACCUCGUUCAGACCGGCCAACUUUUUGGAGAAGUGGUGUUUGCCGUCCGCUACCGCGAAGUGAGCCGGAGAGGCUUCAUAAUGCGGAACGUGUUCAGAGAUCACUUCCCCAACAUCACCGGAGGGCCUGUGACGAAGUAUUCCGACGGAACAGUGGUUUAUGCUGGAGAUAACGUGUCGCAGUCCGUAGAUGACCAGGUGGAUUUGGAUAAGUGGCGAGGCCUCGUCAAGGAGGACAUCCCAACUGAUGAGGAGGAUGACGUUUGCAUCGUGCCGUACGAGGAGGAUCCUGCUUUGUCAGUCGAGGAUGGGAUCGAGGUGGCCUUCAGCUGAAUUGCGGGCAGGCAGGCUCCAGUGUAUUGAUCGAGUCUGCUCGGGACCACGACUUGGUCGAAUCUUUACCACUGUUCUUACGUCUUGGUGUAAAAUAGUAAGUUCCUGCCCAUGUGGCCGUGCGGUAUUUGCCGUACGAGUUGAAAAUACGCCCAUGAGUGAUUGGUGGUUAUUGUGGAACUCGCUAUGGCAGAUUUGGGGAAGCGUAGCUAUUAGUGUCCUUGGCAUAGAGUGGGGAAAAUUGCUAAUGUGUCUACGUUUCGGGAAGAUCUGUAGAAGAUAGCACAACGAGCGAUCGAGGUCGACC